UCUUCAACAUGGUUUUCAAGAUAUUCGUCGUGCUCUCCCUCGUGGCCGCAGUCUUCGCUUGGCCCGAGACUGGUUAUCCGAGCCACGAGGAACCAGCCAAGUACUCGUUCAAGUACGAGGUGAAGGACGAGCCAUCUGGCAACGACUUCGGCCACCAGGAGGCUCGAGACGGCCCCCACACUCAGGGCGACUACUUCGUCAAGCUUCCCGACGGCCGCCUGCAGCAGGUCGCUUACACCGUGGACGGCGACUCCGGAUUCGUGGCCGAGGUCAGCUACGAGGGGGAGGCCCAGUAUCCCCAACACCAGCCAACCGGAUAUGCUUAAAGCAACCGUAAUCCUUUAGAUUAUAUGA